AUGUACAUCCUCGACCGAGUCGGAGGCAUGCGGUCAAUCUGCUUGCGCCACUUGUGGCACGUGGACAUCGUGGACGAGCUGUUCAGCCACAUGUGGAGCAGGCACGCGGUCCAGGUCAAGAAGCGGACAGUGUUCCUCCUUCCAGGAUUCAGAGUCCUGCAACUCGGGCGCUUGCCCGGUAGCCACAACUGCCGCGCCUGCCGCGCCAACAACUGGAGCCGCUGCCGCGCCCAGCUCCUGCGGGGUCUGGCAGAGCUGGAGCGCGUGCACCGCGAGCUGCGGCACUGCCAGCCGGAUGCGAUCGCGCGGCGGCAGCUGCCAGCCCUUCGUGGAGUCUGCGAGUUGCAGCCUCGCGAGCUGCCCCGCGGCAACCACUGCAACCGCACAGAUGACAACUCCGCAGCCAACAACUACCACUUCACCUACGACGGAAGUCACUACUAG